AACGGGUAGUAGUGAGGUAUAAACAUCUUCUGCCUAAGCAGAAGCGGCUCACUUGUCGGCCGGCGGUUGUGAGGCGAGUUUGCGAGGAAGAAGACGUUCGGUUCGAUAUAAAAUUUCGCACUGCAACUAAAUCAUGCUUCGAUUACUGAACCGAAUCAAAGCCGCUCGUGCCUUUUCAUCAUCGGCUAUUCCGGCACCGGAAGUUAAUCCCAGCAUCUUGUACAGCGGGAUUUUCAUCAACAACGAAUGGCACCGUUCCAAGUCAGGGAAAACUUUCCCGACAAUAAACCCUGCGACGGGAGAAACUAUCACGGAAAUUCAGGAGGGUGAUGCUGCGGACAUUGACAUUGCCGUUCAGGCAGCUAAGAAGGCUUUCAAAAUUGGUUCGCCUUGGAGAACGAUGGACGCGUCUCAACGGGGCGUUCUUCUUCACCGUUUAGCCGAUCUUCUGGAACGGGAUCGCAAAUACCUCGCGUCCUUGGAGACGCUGGAUAACGGAAAACCAUACACCGCUUCGUACACGAUGGAUCUUAAGGGCAGCAUCGAUGUUCUUCGUUAUUACGCUGGCUGGGCUGACAAGAAUCAUGGAAAAGUUAUUCCCUCGGAUGGAAAUUACUUCACUUACACGAGACACGAGCCAGUAGGUGUUUGCGGCCAAAUUAUUCCCUGGAACUUUCCUAUCCUCAUGAUGGCCUGGAAGUUAGCACCGGCGCUGGCCACCGGAAACGUAAUCGUAUUAAAGCCGGCGGAGCAAACAUCUCUGACGGCUUUGUACAUCGCCCAGCUUACAAAGGAAGCUGGUUUUCCUGAAGGUGUAAUUAACGUCGUUCCCGGAUACGGUAAAGCGGGAGCAGCUCUCGUCGCUAAUAAGGAUGUCGACAAAAUUGCCUUCACCGGAUCCACGGAAGUGGGGCGACUGAUUCAGCAAGGAUCUGGCGUGGGAAAUCUGAAGAGGACCACCUUGGAAUUGGGAGGAAAGUCCCCGAACAUCAUCUUCAAGGAUGCAGACUUCGAUCAUGCCGUUGAAUUGGGUCACUUUGGACUCUUUUUCAACGCGGGCCAGUGCUGCUGUGCCGGAUCCAGAACUUACGUUGAGGAUGCAAUUUAUGACGAAUUUGUCGAAAAAAGUGCAGCCCGCGCCAAGAGGAGAACGAUCGGAAACCCGUUCGAUGCGAAAACCGAACAGGGCCCUCAGGUGGACGAAGAGCAAAUGAACAAAAUUAUAGGUCUGAUAGAAUCCGGAAAGAAAGAAGGGGCGAAACUUGUUACUGGAGGAGAACGAAUUGGCGACAAAGGAUGUUUCAUUGCGCCAACUGUAUUUGCGGACGUCAAAGACGACAUGACCAUCGCCAAGGAGGAAAUUUUUGGACCAGUUCAGCAAAUAUUGAAGUUCAGUAGCUUGGAUGAUCUAAUCGAACGUGCCAACAAUUCGGAUUAUGGAUUAGCAGCAGCAGUAUUCACUAAGGACAUUGACAAGGCCAACUACAUGAUCCAGGCACUUAAAGCUGGAACUGUUUGGGUAAACACGUACAACGCAUUAGUGACACAAACACCGUUUGGUGGUUUCAAAAAUUCCGGACAUGGACGAGAAAUGGGAGAAUACGGCCUGCAGGCUUACACAGAGGUCAAGAGCGUCAUUGUUAAACUUAACCAGAAGAACAGUUAAAUUGCUGGAACGUGAAGUUGUACCUACUACGUGUAUAUUAACCACCUUUUUGAAGAUAGAGAUGGUUUUUCUUUUCGUUUCCUACCAGACGUGUAAUUCUUGCUUUUAAUAUUUUUACGAUUACUUUUAUACUGUUAGAUUUUACAUAAUUGAAAUUACAUAAUUUCGAACACGAUUGUAAACCAAAAGUUUUAUACCAGGCUCACAGUAAAUAAAAUAAUCGAAUGUA